UUCGGGGGAGAAUAUUUAACGGAUAAAAAGCGAAAUAACGGGAGCUGUGUUUUUUUGGGUGAAAUGUUCGGUUAUCAUUGCCGCUUAUUGAGGAGGGCUGUCCUGCACUGAGCUGUAGUUUCUCUUUUCAAGAGGCGAGGAAUGCAAUCUGAGCAUCAAUGUUUCACUGGGGCAAGUGGAAGAAGAGGAUGGGAGCCAAUAGUUCUUCAAAGAGACCAGUUUUUGACGAAAAGGAAGAUGUGAACUUUGACCACUUCCAGAUAUUGCGGGCCAUCGGGAAGGGAAGCUUCGGAAAGGUAUGCAUUGUGCAAAAGAGGGACACGGAGAAGAUGUACGCCAUGAAGUACAUGAACAAACAGCAGUGCAUAGAGAGAGAUGAGGUCCGAAACGUCUUUAGAGAGCUUGAGAUCCUACAGGAAAUUGAACAUGUUUUUUUAGUAAAUCUCUGGUACUCGUUCCAGGAUGAGGAGGACAUGUUCAUGGUGGUGGACCUCCUGCUGGGAGGAGACCUGCGCUACCACUUGCAGCAGAGUGUCCAGUUCAGCGAGGACGCUGUCAAACUUUACCUCUGUGAGAUGACGCUGGCGCUCGACUACCUGCAGAGCCAGCAUAUCAUCCAUAGAGAUGUCAAGCCAGACAAUAUCCUGUUAGAUGAGCAAGGCCACGCUCACCUGACUGACUUCAACAUAGCGACCAUAAUUAAGGAUGGAGAGAGAGCCACGGCCUUAGCUGGAACCAAGCCCUACAUGGCUCCAGAGAUCUUCCACUCCUUUGUAAGCGGAGGGACGGGCUACGCCUUUGAAGUAGACUGGUGGUCGCUAGGUGUGACGGCCUUCGAGGUGCUGCGUGGAUGGAGGCCCUAUGACAUCCAUGCCAGUAACUCAGUGGAGUCUCUGAUUCAGCUCUUCAGUACAGUCAGUGUCCAGUACAGUCCAGCCUGGCCCAAGGACCUGGUUUCCCUCAUGAGGAAGCUACUGACAGUGAACCCGGAGCAUCGUUUCUCCAGCUUGUCUGACAUGCAGACAUCUCCCUACCUCGCUGACGUCAACUGGGACGCCGUGUACGAGAAGAAGAUGGAGGCCGGAUUCGUUCCUAAUAAGGGUCGCCUCCACUGCGACCCCACCUUCGAGCUGGAGGAGAUGAUCCUGGAGUCUCGUCCCCUUCACAAGAAGAAGAAGAGGCUGGCCAAGAACCGGUCUCGAGACAACAGCAAGGAUUCGCAGUCUGAAAAUGACUAUCUACAGGAGUGCCUUGAAGUGGUGCAGCAAGAGUUCAUGAUCUUCAACCGUGAGAAGUUGAAAAGGCGCCAGGAGGAAGGCCAAUCAGAGGCUGGCGGUGACGAUGCCGGCGGUGACGAUGCCGAUGGAGACGGUGACGCCGAUGCUGGAGCCACCGACGAUGACGCCGCCGAGCCAGAACCAGAACCCGAUCCUGAGCCGGAGCCCGAGACAUCCUCCAAACUGAGCAUGUGUGGCUCGGUCUGCUCCUCCCCCGGCAGCUGCUAG